AUGAGUUCUCGCCCAGCUUCGGAUCUAUCAAAUUCUCAGCAAACAUUGAUCCCAAAGAACAGGGCAAAUACAAGAGUCAACGUCAGGAAGGAUCCAACGAUGUUUGACCUUGAUUCAAUGAAUCAGAGAACUGAAGAUUUUAGUGCCAAUAAGCCUGGUGAAGGAGAAACUAAUGCAUCUCUUUCAUUUUCAUCACCAGGACUUCUAGCAAUUAAAAAUCAUGCAAAUAAAAUCAAUUUAACUCGUCCAAAAUUUGUUCAUGAGAAACAACAAGAUGUUUUGACAACAGUACCAACAUGGAUAUCAAAUAAAGUCCAACUACCGAACUUAGCACCUGAUAAUGAGUUGAAAUCUGAACUAGAUGAUGAAAAACAGAAAGAAUUAGCAACUUUAAACUUCGGCGACGAUCCAAUAGCUUACUUCUUUAAACAUAAAGAUGGUAGUGGACACCUUUUCAUUUACUUAAAUUACGCAAAACCUCGCAGCGAUUUAAAUUUUAAUCCUUAUGAUCUUGUCAAAAUUACGCAUGAUGAGAUAACUGAAGACUACUUCACAAUGUCGUCAAAUGGCGUUACUCAUUUAUUCUCUGAUGGAAGCUCAGAAACAAUUCCACUCGAAAUUUGGAUCAAAGAAACAUCAAUCUUCAAUAUGAUACGAAAACUCGCAUUUUUCGAAAAGAUACGAUACUGGAAAUCAUUCAGAUUAUGGAAAAGAUUCAUACAAAAUCAAAGAUUUUCAAGAUUCCGCGAAAAAGUGCUUUCUCAUGUACUAUUUCAUGAUCAUAAGUUCUACAGUUAUCUAUUAAAUAUCAUGGAAACAUCAUGCGACCAAAUUCUCAAUCAAUAUUUGUUAUGUAUGAUAUCUCAAAAGAAAUACGUAUUACAAGACUAUUUAAACGAUUGCAAACGAAACUCUGAGAUUCUAUUCCAACAAUACAGUGAUUAUAUCAAGAAUGUAACAGAUAAAUUACUUCAAUUAGAUGCAGAUAUAAAAGAUCCUCAAAGAGUAACUGUUAGUUCCACGGAAUUCCAAAAGAACAAGAAUAUUAUUCCUACUCUUGGCCAACUGAUGGUUAUUAACGAGAAAGUUCAAGCAGAACAAGCAAGAAGAGUCGCAAUUGUAAAUCGAGAGUUAUAUCAGUUCGGAAACUUCAUCAGACUAUGCGAUUACAUCAUGAUUGAGGCAUUAUCCAACACCUGCUUCAAAUGUUGGAAGGAAGCCGAGUCAAACGUGAAACAAGAAUUAUCUGCGGUUUUUUUGGUGUCAGUUUCGUUUGAUGAAGAAGGAAAAGUUAAGUUCACGCCAUCCCUGCAAGAACUGAAGCAAGCAAUCAGUGAUACUUUGCAUAAUACUUUUAAACUAAUUGAAACUCUGCCAAGAAUCAUCAAAGAACAGUCACUGAGGGAACAUUUACGCAAAACCAAUGGAAAUCUGGGCUAUUUAUACGAUAAUAUGCCUCAGUUUAAGCAAUGUACAGAUUCAAAUCCGGAAUACGUUAAAAUUGAACAAAGAAUUCUCGAACAGAUCGAAACAGAUUAUGAAGAUGCCUUGCAACAAUCACAAAAGUUCGUUGAAUUCUAUCAACUUUACAAACAUGGCAAAAUUUGGAGUGCAGACAACUAUUUUACAGCUCGCGGAGGCACAUCCAGGUCAUUUGACUUCUCCCCGUUCGCGAAUGACUUCGAUGGCGAUAUAAACAAAUUAGUUUUCGAUCCAAGUUCGGAAUUAGUUUUUGAUUUCAACAAAAUUUUGGAAGACAUUCAUCAUUUCAAAGAAGAAGAACAAAGAAUCAACCAGUUCAGGGCAUGUGCUGUUCGUGGAGCCAUCUUUAUUGAUUCCAAGGAUUUGAGGGCUGAACUUGCUCCCAUUCCUUCUAAAUCAAUACACGCAGUUCAAGUUGCUCUUCAGAAUUUUAUUGAACAAAAAAUUGACAAAAUCAACAAAAUUUUCAAUUUUUCAAAUAAAAGAUUGAAGAGAGAGCCGAACUCAUUAUUCCAAUAUGCUGAGAACACAGAGUUCCUUAACCUCAUUCUUGAAAUCAAUCCACUCCUAAAACAGGAAAUCUCUUACAUCGAUGACGUUUAUUCUUUGUUGGAUAAAAUUAUGACAAAUUUUGCCACUUCACAUAUUGGUGAACAUACGAGGAAUCCAUUGCAUUCAUCGUAUAAAGUUUUCCAACAAGUAUUACAGAUGGGUAAGAACAUGAUUGAUAAUGCCAGACAUAAAUAUGUUGAUGAAUUAACGAAAAGAGUUGGAAUACAAACAAAUAACAUCAACAAAUUCCAUCAACAACUCGAAAAUAUUCCUUCUGGAUUAUCAAAACAAGAUGUCAAUGAAGGUCUUAAGACUAUCAUGGACUUGAAAAGCAAGAUAGAUGCUAUACAACCUGAAAUAGACAUCUUAGAACAUUGCCAGGAUGUUAUGAAAGCAAAUAUUCAAGAUUUGAGUUCAUACGACCAAUUAAGAUUGAACUGCGAUUUUGAUAUACAAGUUUAUAACAUCACCAACCAAUGGACAAUACUUUCAAGUGAAGUAUUGAGUCAGCCUUUCAGUGACAUCAAUAUAAGUGAAUUCACAAUUCAAUUAAAUUCAAUAAACAACGCAAUAAAUUCUUUGAAAGAUUCAAAUCAAACCGAAAAUAAACUAUUGAAUUUAGUUGAUGAAAAAGUGAAACAAUUAAUGCAAUAUAUUGAUGAAUUAGACAUGUUAUCGAACUCAAAGAUGCAUUUCCACCAUUGGACGAAACUGUUCGAAGAUUGUGGCCAAUCAAAAGGUUAUUCAAACCAGAUAAGAAUCGAUGAAUUGAUUUCUUUAGGAAUUUUGCAAAACAGAGAAAAAGUUAUAGAGAUAACUUCUCUUUCUUUGGGCGAAUCAAGACUAGAAGCAGAGUUCCAAGAGUUGGCAAGCAAAUGGAAAGAAAUCAAACUACCUUUGCUCGAAAGCCAAAUCAAAACAGAAGAUUCACUUUUGUUGGGAGAUUUGAAAGAUUUGUAUUUGCAAAUCGCUGAUUCACAAAUGGAAUUACACAGAAUGAUCAGUGUUCCUUUCGCUCAAGGCUUGAGGGCACAAAUAAACGAACUCGCGAACCAGUUAGAUAACUACAACAAGAUAUUAGACGCUUGGAGUAGAUUCCAGAGUUCAUGGGUUGUUUUGGCAUCUUUCUUUGCAUCAGAAAACACUUCAACUGUGAUGCCCGCCGAAGCAAACAGAUUUGCAAUAGUCAGGAGAAGAUGGAUGCAGAUUAUUCAGCACACGAAUGAGAAUACAACUUUGUACCAAGUCUGUUCUUUACCAUCUUUGUUGGAGAUAUUAAUUGAAAACAAUAAUUAUUUGGAAGAAAUUUGUUCUCAAGUUUUGAAGAAAAUUGACAUCAAAAGAGUCAAUUUCCCGAGAUUGUUUUUCUUAUCGGAUUUCGAUGUCUUGAUGAUUUUCUCAACAGCUGAUUUCGACCAGAUGAAUGCAUUAUUGAGUAAGAUGUUCAUGCAUAUCGUGAGAUUCGAACAUCAUCCUUUAGAUGAAACAGAAAUGAAUUUGCAAAAUAAUUUCCACACUCAGAAUUUCCAAAGAAUAAAAUUAUACGGAAUGAGUGGAAAAUUCAAUAACACAUUGAUCUUCACAAGAAAUAUCAUCUUGGGAGGAUCAAUUGAGUCUUGGGGACCAACAAUUUUGGAAGUAAUGAAACAAUCAAUAAUGACUCAUGUUUCUGACUCAAUUUACAAGUAUAACCAAGGAGAUUUCGUUGGUUGGCUCUCCAGUGUUCCCAAAUUCAUUUCUAUGCUGACAAUGCAGAUAAUGUUUACAAGAGAUAUCUCAGAAUGUUUUGACAAUUUUGAGAAUAACGUUCACACUUUUGAGGACUAUUCUCAAAAUAUUGAGAACAAAAUUCAAAAAUUGAAUGAUUUAUUGAGAACUAAUUUAGCACCAGAUGUCGCCAACAAAGUGAGCAACACUAUUGUGAUGAUGAGCUAUCAGAGAGAUAAAGUUGACUUGAUGUCCAUUAGAAGAAAGAACUUUUCUCAAAAAGAUUAUUGGAAUACUUUGAUGCACAUGACAAGGAACCAAACAACGUCACAAAUCAGUAUAGAAUAUGGAGAUACAUCACUCGAGUUCGGAUAUGAAUUCUGGGGAUCAUCGAAGCAGUUGAUUCAGUCUCCACAAUCCGAAAUCGCCAUGAAAAACAUCAUUUCAAACAUAGCAAUGAACCACUAUCCAAUUUUAUAUGGUGAAAGUUCAAUUGGCAAAAAGCGGUUGAUUUCAAAUGUCGCUUCUUUGUUUGGAAGGUUUGUUGUGUUCGGACCAACAUUCACAGAUAUCGACUCCGUCUUAUACACUAAACUUUUCACAGGAGCAAUUGGAUCAGGCGCUUGGCUCGUGAUGAAUAACAUUGAUUGCGCUGACAUGACAAAUUUGUCAAAUAUUACUUUAUUGAUGCAAAAAUACAAAAAUGCUUUGAUAGAGAACAGUCCAACACUAGAAAUAAGUUCCAAUACAAUAAGUGUAAAGGACAACUGCAGAUUGAUAUUCGUUGGCUCUUCAAAUUACUAUGAAAGCGAAAGAAUCCCUGAUAAUCUCAAAGCUGUUUUGCAACCAGUUGCUUUUUCAAUGCCAGAUUCGAAGAAAAUUGCUUUUGUUCAAUUCUUAGCAAGUGGAUACUUGAAUGCACAAUCAUUAUCAAGCCAGACUGUUGACUUUUUGCAAUUGUUGUUCAGUUUAUUCGGAUACAUUUUCCAUGGACCAAUCGGAACAAUUAUUGCUGAAAUUCUCAAAAAAUCAACAAAAAUUUUGUCACUUUUGAUGUCAGAUUUACUUAAAAACAAAGGAAGCGAUGAUUUGACGAAUGAAGAGAUCUUUAAUGCAGAAACAUUGUCAAUCAUAACUAUACUUAAGACAAAGUAUUUCCCUCAGUUACAGCAUCAUCAUGAGAAUUUCUUCAUUGAUAUAAUGCAUUCUCAUUUCAGAAUUUAUAAAAACGCUUAUGAAAUGACAUCAAAGAUUGAUGAAAUGGAAGAACAUUCAGUUGAUGAGUUCAUUAAUGAUGUACUAGAAGUAAUUGAAUCAGAUAACAAAGAUAAUUACCAAGUUAUUUAUCUCGAUCCAAUCAAAGAAUUUUUGGAAUCCCUUAAAAAGAAUUUAUGUGUAAUUAUUGUUGGUGGUCCACAAACAGGAAAGACAACAAUACAAGACUUGAUAGAGAAAGCAAUUUCAAAGAUGUGUUCCACUCCGAAAUACAAAGAAAAAUAUCCAGAUUUGCUUCCUUUCCAAUUUUUCGACAUUUUCUUCAGAAGUGAAACAAACACGAACUUUUAUGGUGUUUCUGUAAUGUCUGAUAAAGGACCUGUAACUAAAUAUGGACUUCUUCAUUCCUACUUUAAUUACAUACAAUCAUUAAAUAACUGUGAGAAGUUCAUAAGGUUUAAUGGUCCUUUGAAUAAAUCCGCUGUCAGAUUCAUCAGAGAAAUGCUUUCAAGUGGUGAUUCAUCGAGAUUAAUCAUAAAUACAAUGAAUAUUUAUGAUGAAAGAUCACAUAUGCAUUUCAUAUUAGAGACAGAAGAUAUUAGUUUACUUGAUCCAAGUGUUAUUGGCAUAUCAAGUGUGAUUCACACACAUUCUGUUCAUUUGAAUGAACCAUUAAGUCAAUACAAAGGUUGUUCUUCUUUCAACGGAGACAUUAUUUUCAAUAGAGCUGUUGAUAAGACAGAAACAAACCUUUCUUUGGCAGUUUUAAGACAAAUCAAGGCCCAGUUCAAUGAGAUUUGUCCUAUUAUCAUCAAAUACUUGUUGAAUGUUCCAAACACAAUUUAUUCAUAUCAAAGCCAAGUUUUUAAUUCAAAAGCUCAAUCUUUGAUAUGUAAUUUAUUACCUUUCAAUGGUUUAAUUCAUGCUUUGUUGUUAAAUGAAGAUACAAAUGAUACAACAAAUGCUCACACGAAGUUUGUAUUGAUCUAUUGUUUGUUCCAUGCUUUCAUUCCUAUUUUGGAUUCAGCUGCAAUUUUGUCAUUUGACACAUGGGCAGUCAACAGCUUUUUGAUCAAGAUUCCUGCGGAUUGGGUUGGAUUCGAAGUUCCACAGCAUUUCUGGGACAUUUUCCCAAGGCCAUCACUCAUUUCAACAAGAUUUGAUGGAACAACACUGAAACCAUUGGAUUUCGCAGUUCUUAAUGAACCUUGUAUCAAAGAAAAGCCAAUGACAGAACAACCAUUUGAAUUAAUUGAUGACAUUUCUAUUUGCACAGCACAGUUUUUGCCAAUAAUCAACAUCGCAAAUGAACUACUUAAAAUGAAAUGUAAUUUCAUUAUUACUGGCCAACAGAACUCAGGAAAAACAAACUGUUUGAAAUACAUAUUUAAAGACAAAAAUGAUAUGAUUCCUAUUUUCAUUCCUGUUUGUGCUUCAUCUAAUGCAACAACAUUAGCUAAAUUCAUCAUAAAUCAUACCCCUGUUGCAUCGAAACCAGGCUCAAAACCAUUAGGAAAUCUCCAUUAUGUAUUGAUAUUUAAGAAUGUCUCUCAUAAAUACAUACAUGCAAUAGAGUUUAUCAGAUCAAUUAUCACGAAGAAAUCGAUAACUCUUCAUUCUGAUAUUGAUCCAAACUACAUGGAAAUGAUUCCUUUGAAGAAUUUCAUUGUUGUUGUUACAACGAAUAAUUUUGAACAUUUCGAACCACGAUUUUCUUCAAUGUUCUACAUAAUGAAACUAUUACCACAAACACAUCAUUCCAUGCAAUACAUCUACUACAAAGUUGCUCAAAAGUUGUCAAUCAACAAAUUAUUAUAUGAACCUGGAUUUAAGAUUGCGGAAACUCUUUCUCAGAAGCCUUUGUAUGGAUUUAAUUGGCUCCACACUUUGGAUAUCUUUACUAUAUUGAGUUACAGAUCUGCUCCAACAAGAAAUGAUUUUUUGGAGUGUGUCAAAGCUUUCUUAUUCGAACUGAAAACUUUGUACACUCACAAACUCUUGACACAAGAUGAAAUUUUUAAUUUCUCUGUUUUAGUUUUGAACGUUUUCACUGAUGCUGAUAUCAGAAUGGUUUAUGAUCCUGUUGUUGUUGGACCUAAUCUUUAUUACCCUGAGAUUGAUGUUGAUGAAGAAACAAAGAAGUUAGUUGCUUUGUUCAGUUUCAGACAAGUUCAUUUAGUCAGAGAAGAAUUGACAUUUUUGUUGCAACAAUUUAGUUCGAAAGUGUCAUUUACAACGAAGAUUUACUUCUUCAAGCCAUUGAUUGAACAAUGGGUUUACUUGCAGAGGAUGCUGACUUAUCCAGGAAGAAACAUUUUGAUUGUUGAUCCAUCAGGAAACGGAAAAUUUGUUUUGACUUAUUUCACUGCGACGACAAAAGGAUUUGAGUUUGUUCACAUUCCUCCAAGGAGUCCAUCAGACGAGAAGUAUCCAGAAAGACGCAGAAACUAUUUAGUCAGUAUGAUGAAUGAUGCUUUGAUGAAAGUUUUAACGAAAAACAAGAAAGUUUGCGUGUUUUUGAGAGCGAAUUCCGAGAAUGAUUUUGAUUUCAAGUUUUUGAGUUCUUUAAUUUAUGAAUACGAUUAUUUACCAUUUAUUAAUGAAGACUUUAGAAAGGACUAUUACUUGAAGAUCUCCGCAAAGCAUCCACAGUUAAUUGAUCAACCUUACAUGAUCUACAAUUUGAUCAGAAAUGAUUUGAGAAUGAAAUUGAAAUUUGUCAUUCAAGCAAAUUCAAGUUGGAUGACUAAUUACAAGAAUUUCGAAUCAUUGUAUCUGACCAUCGAAUCCAUGGAAGCAAUAGAAAUCUGCGCAAGAGAUGCUUUGGAUAAUCCAACAUUUGUUAAACAAGCGAAGCAAUUACCUCCGAAAACAAGUCAAGCAAUUGCUUCUAUUUUCAUCAACAUUUCUUCGAUGUGUCCUGCAAUUCAGAUACCUCAUUUCUUCAGCUUUAUUAACACAUUCAUGGGCUAUUUCAGUAAGGAAUUGUCAAACAUCGAAGAAAGAAAAGACAACAUUUCUGCUGCAAUUGAUUUCUUCACAAUAACAAAUAAAAUGGAAAUGGAAGUAAAAGCGAAACUUAAAACAUUAACAAACCUUGUUAAAGAUCCUGAUGAAGAUGACGAAGAAGUCAUGAAAUCGUUUGUUGCGAAAAGAGACACAAUAAGAGUUCGUCUUGCAAAAAUUAAUGAAAUUGAAAAAGAACAAAAAGAAAAAUUACAAAAUUUGACAAACGAACUCAACAAACUCAAACAGCAACUGAACAAUAUGAACCUCAAAGUUGAUCUAGAUAGAGGAAGAGUAAAUUCCAUUUCCCCGCAGAAUUUGAACGAAAUCAGAUUAAUUGAUGGAACCAAAAACAAAGCGUUGGGUUAUUUGAUGUCAGCGAUACUAUCUUUCAGUGGACAGAACACUGCAUUCGAACCUCAUGGCCGCAGAAUGAUAAAUGAUCCAAAGUUUUUGACAAAUGUUUUGGCAAGAAUCAAAGGAACAAUGUUUAAACCGAAAACUCUUGAAGACACACAGCCAUACAUAGACAAAUUAGACACAAUGGAGAAAGAACUAUCCAAUGCACAUCCUGCUCUUCCUAUUUUGUUCAAUUGGAUCAAAGAUGUUUAUGACGCUGCAAUUUUGGAUCAAAAAUUACAUGAUAAAGAAAAUGAAAUCGAUAUACAACAGGCGACAUUGAACAAAACACUCACAGACAAUGAGAUCGAGAAAGAGUCAAUCACAGCUAUUGCAGAACAGAUCGAUAAAGAUAUGGAAUCUCAUGAAAAAUCAAGAAAAGAAAGAGAAGAAAAUUCAGAACUUUACAACGAAGUAAAAACCAAAUGCGAAAUUUUGGAACAGAUUAAUACACAGAGCAGCAAAUUAAUUGACAGAUGGUUGAACUAUAAUGAAGAGUUCCAAGAGAAAAUACAACAAAACGUCUCCAAUUCUUUGUUGUAUUCAACAAUGAUCGAAUAUUGGGGAAUUUUAUCUGUCGAACAACAAAAACAGUGUCUAAACGAGAUAUUGGAGAUUUUCGAUACAAACGAGAUCUCUUACAACAAAGAGAUAACAAUAGAAAACUUGUUUACUUUGUUGAGAUUGGAAGACAGAUACGACAAACUCAAUUUCGAUCAAUUGACUCCAAUAGAAACAGAAUUAGGAUGGAGAAGAAUGCAAAUGAUACAGAAUCCACCACUUAUAUUAGAUAGUGAUGGUUUCAUGUAUGAUUUCCUUGUAGAACACACUAAACCGAAGAGAUUAGUCACAGCAAGUUUGAUGUCAUCAAAUAUUGACAACAUAAUUGUUGAAUGCCUCGAAAAUGGAAAGAAACUGUUGUUGUACGAUGUCAAUUUCAUGGGGCCAAGUUUGUUUACUCUUCUACAAUUACCUGCAAGAAGAACUGAUCAACAAACAACUCCUUUCACUUAUGCAGGAAAAAUUGUAAAUGUUCAUCAGAAAUUUAAACUUUACAUGACUUCGUCCAUUGAAUCUUUGAACAACGUUCCAAGCGAUUUGGCUGCAAGAGUUACUAUAAUCAAUAUGAACAUUGUAUAUGGCAAAUCAUUGAAUAGAAUUGUUGCAGCACAUUUCGUGAAAAGAUUCUUCCCGGAGAAAUUACCAAGGAUGAUAAAUAUCGAGAGAUUGAGAAUGCAAAGAGGAGUUGAAAAGAUCAUGUUUGAGGAUGAUGUCGUUGAUUCUAUCAUGGAUUUAGUUCGUAUGAUGAAAGGAGGCUCCAACGAAGAUAUCUUCGAAGAUGAAGAAGCAAUUGAAUCAUUGAUAAGAAACAAAGAAUGUUUCUUAAGUUCUCUUGAAACGAAAACAGAUUUCGAAUCAAUAGAAAAAGAAAUCGCAGAGUUAAUGACAUUAAUUGGAAAAGGAGUGAAACUUUGCACAUCAAUGUGGGUUUCUAUUUCAAGGUUUUCAUCUCGAGCAAACAAAAACCAUGGUUUCAACAUUAGAAAGUAUUUCCAGAUGUUGGAUACAGCGUUGAAAACAUGUAAACUCAAUGCAAAUAGUGAUGAAAUAUUCACACACAUUUUGCAUCAAUUAAUUUCAUAUGUAACUCCACAAAUGUCUUUGGAAGAUGCUUAUGUUUCUUUGUUUAUCGCUGCUGUUAUGUCAACACACACAGAAGAACAAUUCAGUGGUUUCGAAGAGAUAUUAAUGCACAUAAGAAGUGAAUUAGAUAAUGUUUGCGAUAUGAGACAAUCAGAAGUUUCUUUGGGAGAUCCAAUGGAGAAAUUGAGAUUCGCGAAUAUAACUUUAGUUUUCCCAAUCAUCAGACAAUAUCUGAUUAGAAUAUUUGGAAAGGAUUUCGAGAAUUACAUAACAAAUCCAGAAUUGAAGUUCUUUGCGAAUAAUGAUCCGAAAGUUCCAACAAUUAUUCGUUCUUCCGUUAAUAACUAUGCAUCAAACAUUGUUGAGAUGCUUUUGCAACAAGAACAGAAGUCAUUUUUGGAAAUUCCAACAUCGAUGUCUUCUUCUUAUUUGAAUUUGGCUUUGGAUGCUGCAAAACAAGCAAUAGAAACAGGAAAGGUCUUGAUUUUGCAUUAUUCCGCUUCUCCUCUUUCCAUUUCGAUUAUUCAGUCUGUUAUUGAACUUCUUAAAGAACCACACAAAGAUUUCAGACUGAUAAUACUAGCAACAACAUUUGAUGAAAUGACAAACAGUUUGUUGGUCGGAUCUAAUGUUGUUUUCGCCCAUGAAUUCCCAUCAUUAAGACACAUUGUUUACAAUAUUUACAAUACUCAUUGGGACUUGAUAAGUGGAAGUGGAACUCCUCAAUUAAUGAAGAGAAUUUCGUUCCCGAUUGCAAUUAAUUUUGCUUUGGAAAGAGCAAGGAAUUUUGCAGUUCCUUUGGGAGUUACAUCUAUGUUACCAAUUACUCCAUUCAUGAUGACACAGAUCUUCCAGAAGACAUCCAAAUUCGUUGAUUCCGCUCUUUACAGAGAUUUUCCAAUGGAAAAUUUGAGAUCAGUUUAUCACACUGACUUAAGUUGUUCCAUUUCUCUUUACAAGAUUGACCAAAUGAAACACGAUGCAAACGAAGAAGGAAUUUUCCAUUCAAGGUGGCUUGAACAAGAAUUCGCUUUCAGAGGAAAGAAAUUUGUAAUUGACGCCGAAUGGGACAAACAACAAUUUUUAGAUUUUGUUUCACAACUCGACAUCUUUUGUGAUCCAACAUUUUUAGGAUUCGAUCCUUUGUCAUCACAACCAUUGUUUAACUGGCGAAUGAGUGUUUGGAUCUCAAAAGUCUUGUCAGCAAUGGCUAAACCAGUGAACACUCUUCCAUCUGAUGUCAGAACAUACUUGGAAAGUAUCUCAACAAUGGUUCCUCCUCAGAUAACAAUAACUCAGAAUUUCGAACCUCAUUCUCCUCUCCAAAUGUUUUUGGAUUACGAAAUCCACGAAUUCAACAACGCAACGCAGAUUAUAUCAAGAGAUAUAACAGACGCAAUACACAAGCGAAACAUGGAAGUGUUCAACGCUUUCAUGCUUCAACAAGUUCCAGCAAAAUGGAAGAAGAUUGUUGGUUUCAAUGGAACUUCUUCAAUUUCAAAGUUCUUUUUGAUGUUGUUCGAUAAAUCGAAGUAUUUGACGAUCUGGAUGAAUGGAUCAACAAUCCCUCAGGAAAUAGAUGCGAGAUACAUCAGGAAUAUGAAGGAAUUCGCGUUGGCUUUCGUUGCAGAAAUCGCAAUACAAAGAGGAGUUUUGAGAGAAAACUUAAAGUCAACAUUUGUUUUUGAAAAACCACAUGAAUCAUCAAUUGGAAUCAGAGGAAUUGCUAUAAUGGCUGGCAAUUGGGAUGCUUCUAAUUCAUGCCUCGCAAAGAGUAACAACAAGACUCCUUCAUUCAUGAAGAUUCCAAUUAUUUAUUUGACUUAUACUUCGUCAGAGAAAACAGAAGAAAAAGAAGGAUUCGUCAAAGUUCCUCUUUUGAUGUGUAUUCCAAUGCAGGGAUUCGCUGUAAUGGAGAAAUACGAAAAUAACUAUGUAACAGAUAUUGAAGUUAAGAGUCAGAUCAAACAAACUGAUAUCCUUUUAUCAGGAACUUCAUUUAUUUGUCAUGCACAUGAUACAUUUUGUUAA